CCACUGCCCACAUGAUGCAGAAAGCGAGCGAGCGCCAUAGGGAAAUUCAAUAGAACAUUCAGAGAGGAGACGACUGACCGAACAAACAGAGAGAGAAGUAGUCUUUAAGACACCGCAGAAAUCCCACUGCUGCUGCCUGCGAGGAGAAGAAUUCGUCUUCUGCCGUCGCCUUCUUCUUCCUCUUCCUCGCCCUACGACCACGACCGAGCUCGCGUGUCCACCCUCCCUCCGUUCAACGAUCAUGGGGAAGCUGUGCUGCAGCCAUGAGGACGACGAGUCGGAGUUCAACCUGAUGCCGCUGCUGGUGGCCGCCGUCGUCAUCAUGCUGCUCUUCGUCGUCUGCUCGCCGCAGCCCCGCCGCAGGCGCUGCGUCGUCGUCCCUUGCUACUGACCUACCAUCUACCGAUGGUGGGAGAGAAGGACUCUCGAUCGGCGCUGGGAGUCGGCCGGGAGCUUCUGCCAAAUUGGGUAUGCAGGCGGGCGGUAGGCGUACUUUUGUUUCUGAAUCAUCUGACUGAUGCAUGCUUUCGGUUUCGCGGAAUAAUUUAUCAAUAUCUGCUGAAUUUGAACUGUAAAGUUAAGUUGUUCUUACUCUGGAAAACAAGGUUGAUCUGUGGCAACCGGUCUUGUUA